GCACACGGAAAACAACUGCUGCAUUUACAAGUCAAGAGAAGGAAAGAGAAUGAAAGGAUAAGACAAUACCAAAAGCCUAACCUCAAAAAAGCAACUCAAAACUCAAACAGGAUGGAGAACGCCUAGUCUACCAGCACGUUAAUUCCCCUCACCUUUUCAUCCUCGUCAUUAACAUCAUCCGGAGUAGGACGGGACUCGGGACAUUGUGUAGUCUAUAAAUCCGCGUUCACUUUUUGGCUACAGUGACAUCACUAAACCCAUUCCUCUCCGCCAGCAUCCUUCCUGAUCAAUGUGCCCGGUGUGUGCUGCUGAUGCCCGCACGGAUUGUUGCUCUUCCCCGAUCCAUCCUUCAACGAGCGGAUCUGUGGAGGAAUCCCCGGUCAAAGUGCCUGACUUUCCCUGGCCUGGAUAGCGGCUUGGUCACGGCAGCUACGCUCAAGCGAUGACUUAUAUCCUCUCAACUCUGGUCCUGUUAUCUGUCCAGGCUUUGUGGGUGGUUUGCAGUCCCCUGGAGGUGUUAGCGGCGGACAACGUUAACUUUGGGGUCCACGUGGAGAAUGAGACCCGGGUGCGAGACACGAUGAGUCGACGUCACCACAGGGUGUACCAGCUGUACAGCAGGACCAGCGGGAAACAUGUCCAGGUUCUGGGGAGGAGGAUCAGCGCCGAGGGAGAGGAUGGGGACAAAUAUGCCCAGUUAGUUGUGGAGGCAGACACGUUCGGUAGCCAGGUGAGAAUCCGUGGAAGAGAGACCGACUUCUACCUCUGCAUGAACCGUCGAGGCAAGCUUAUUGGAAAGAGGGCGAGCAAUCGCAGUGCCGACUGCGUCUUCAUAGAGAUGGUGUUGGAGAACCACUACACAGCCCUCCUGUCAGCUUGCUACCCCGGCUGGUACGUGGGCUUCACCAAGAGGGGUCGGCCCCGGCGCGGGUCACAGACACUCCCCAACCAGCAGGACGUCCACUUCCUGAAACGCCCCCCCGUGGGGGAGCAGCCGGACCUUCAGCCGUUCCGCUUCACCCCCGUCAACAAGAGGAAGAAGGUGAGAGGGAUCAGACCCACUCAUACGCCCGGCCCCACAGAGACCCUAGCUCCCUCGUAGCAGAUAAGACCUGGAGCUGAAACACCCAAACCGACACCCAUCUCCUCAGAGACCCUGGCUUUCUCGUAGCAGGGCUGAAACACCCAAACCGACACCAAGAUCCUCUGAAAUUCUGUCUCCCUCAUAGCAGUGGGCUCUGAGCCCUACAGCUAACCAAUUCAGAAUUCAGAACACCCUCCGAAGACAGAAACUAGUGAACACGUUGAUAGACACCAAGACUGACUACGGUGGUGUACAAUUCAAGAUGACUAAAUGCAAUGUUAGUUACACUUACAAGAAACUGAUAUUGAUCUACACACUAAGUCCUUAAACACUCAAGACAACCGAACAAUAUAAGGUUCGUUCAACAAUGAAUACUCCAAUCAAAGACAUCUGAUCUGCAUUUCACGAUUCACUCAAAAACCUCCAAACCCUUCCAUAGACACCUGAACAAUGUUUAGUACAGAAAUCAAGACAAGAGAACUUGUCAUGUUCUUUUCAGUCUUUACACUUUGUGUGGCAACUUUUUACUACCAAGUCCACAUUUUCUGUGCCCCUGACUUUUCACUCCACAUGUAAGGCUGUCGUACAAACUAGAACAGUAUCUGUAAUAUUUCUUAGCUUCAAUUACUGACCCAGACGAUCUUACGUUGCUUAUGGAUUAUGAUAUUAAAAGUUAUUUAUUUUG